AUGCCCAUCACAAUCCUCCCACCUAAAGCCUUCCGGGACCAACCACCCCGCCACAGCCUUAACCAUGACUCCGACGACGUAAUGUCCGACGCCACCUCCGACUCUGAAGACUCCGACUCCCAACCGGGCGGCGUCUCUCUCGACGGCGGCGCGACCAUCCACCCUCGUAAGCGUCAUCACUCCGGCGCCGGCGCAGCCGCCUCCUCCACCUUCACCAAGCGUCCCAAGACCAACGCUGCCAUCAACUCCAUCCCGCGCUCCGCCAUCGUCACUCCCGGCGAGCGCAUCACCACGGACCCCCAAUGGAUGCGCGGCCACGGCACCUACCUCUCCUCGGCCUCUUUGGGCGAACAAGCCAUCACCUCCUCGCUGGCCGGAAUCGUGACGCGCACCAACAAGCUUCUUUCCGUCCGCCCUCUGCGCGCCCGCUACACGCCCGAGGUCGGCGACCUGGUAGUCGGCCGCAUCGUCGAAGUUCAGGCAAAACGGUGGCGGGUCGACGUCGGGUCCACGCAGCUCGCUGCUUUGCCUCUUUCCGCCAUCAACCUUCCCGGCGGUAUUCUCCGCAAAAGAACGGAGACGGACGAGUUGCAGAUCCGCACUUUCUUUGCCGAGGGGGACCUGGUGGUGGCCGAGGUGCAGCAGCUCUUCCAAGACGGUGGUGCGGUGUUGCACACGCGCUCGCUCAAGUACGGCAAGCUGAGGAACGGGGUGUUCAUGGCUGUUUCUGGCACGGGCGGUGGUGGAGGCGUGGUCAGGUCGCGCAGACAGGUGUGGACGCUGGAGAGUGCGAAUAAUGGCGGUCCGAUUGAUGUGAUUUUGGGCGUCAAUGGCUAUGUCUGGAUCUCAAAGCAUGUGGAGCCUGUGGUUCCCGAGGAGGCGAAGGGUCAGACGGGCAUUACGAACCUCGAAGAGGUGGUUAGUGCUACCAUGUACUCGAGCCAGAAUGACAGAAUCGAGCCCGAGACAAUGAGGGAAAUUGCGAGGAUCAGGGGCGUGGUGACGGCGCUGGUGGAGAAUGGCUUGAGGGUGGAUGAGGAUAUGGUUACAAAGGGGUAUAAUGAGGCCGUGGAGCUGGCGUUGGUGAGCGCGGAUGGGCCCGAUGAUGUGUAUCUGGGUGGUGAGAGGGGAGAGCAGCUCGCUGCUGCUUUGACGGCUGUCUAGGUCUAGUUCUAGCUGGGUCUAGGGGUUUAUGUAGUAAUGUGUUCGGGAAACCAAGAAGAAACAAAUUGCUUCCCCAUUCGAUGUGGUCGCCAA